UCAACUCCAGAGCAAUAUCUGCGGCAGUCGUCGGGCAGUGAGGAGUGAGGGAAGGGACUUCAGGCUGUGACAGACGUGUCCAUACAGCGGAGUCAUGAAGAUCUUUUUGUUCGUCGCCCUUCUGGGGGCUUCUCUUGUCGAAUCGAAGGUGUUUUUCGAAGAGAAGUUCGCCGAUGCAGAUUGGGAAUCUCGUUGGGUUCAAUCUGAACACAAGGGAAAAGAAUUUGGCUCGUUCAAAUUAACUCCUGGAAAAUUCUAUGGUGAUGCAGAGAAAGACAAAGGCCUUCAAACUAGCCAGGAUGCUCGUUUUUAUGGCCUAUCUUCGAAGUUCGCGCCCUUCAGUAAUAAGGACACUCCAUUAGUUGUACAGUUCUCAAUUAAGCACGAACAGAAUAUUGACUGUGGUGGUGGAUACGUGAAAGUAUUCGACUGUUCACUUGACCAGAAAGACAUGCAUGGUGAAUCUCCAUACCUCAUUAUGUUCGGACCUGACAUCUGUGGUCCAGGAACAAAGAAGGUUCAUGUUAUCUUCAACUAUAAUGGAAAGAAUCACUUGAUAAAGAAGGAAGUAAGAUGCAAAGACGAUGUGUUCUCUCACCUCUACACCCUCAUUGUUAAACCUGAUAACACGUAUGAGGUUCUAAUUGAUAAUGAAAAGGUACAGUCUGGAGAGUUGGAGGAAGACUGGGAUAUUCUUCCACCCAAAAAGAUUAAGGAUCCUGAAGCAAAGAAACCUGACGAUUGGGAUGACCGCCCAACUAUUGCUGAUCCCGAGGAUACAAAGCCAGAGGACUGGGACCAACCUGAACACAUCCCAGAUCCAGAUGCUACAAAGCCUGAAGACUGGGAUGAUGAAAUGGAUGGCGAGUGGGAACCUCCCAUGAUUGAUAAUCCUGAUUACAAGGGUGAAUGGAAGCCAAAACAGAUUGAUAAUCCUGACUACAAAGGACCAUGGGUACACCCUGAAAUUGAUAACCCUGAGUACACGCCUGAUCCAGAAAUUUAUAAAUACGAUGAAAUAUGUGCUAUUGGUCUGGAUCUCUGGCAAGUAAAGUCGGGUACCAUUUUUGACAAUUUCUUAAUCACCAAUGACAUUGAAGAGGCAAAGAAGAUUGGAGAAGACACCUGGGGAGCCACUAAAGAUGCUGCCAAAAAGAUGAAAGAGGAGCAGGAUGAAGAAGAGCGCAAGAAGGCAGAAGAGGAGGCCAAGGCUGCGGAAGCAGACAAAGAGGAUGAGGAAGAAGAUGAAGACCUUGACGAUGAAGACGAUGAUGAUUUAGAGAAUGAGAGAGAUCACGAUGAACUGUAAAAAAUUUAAGUUCAUAAAGGCAGUUGGUUAAAAACUGCCUAACUUGUACUUCAACAUCAAAGUACUGCAGAUUGAAACUGUUGAUCAUAAACUGGGUCAGGGGCUUCAGUCUAUUCUAGUCAAGGAACUUCCAAAUAUGCAGUAGCACAACAAUAACAUUCCAGUAGCCACUGUUUAUUGAAGGUUUCAUGACAUAACAUUGCCCUUAAUGGGUAGGUUCGCAUGAGUCAUGACCAUUUGCAAUCAUCCCAAUCAUCGCCAUAGUGAAUGCAGCACAACCAUGUAUGUUUGUACAAGCCAGUGUUAGUGCUGUUACUGUAAGACCUGAUUUAGUUCUGGCAGCACAAGAUGUAUGUUGAAUGAGUGGUUUCCAAUAAACACGAUUAGAA